AUGUUGGUCAGGAGGAGGAAGGCUGCUAAUUCAAAGCAUGCCGCUUAUCCACGUUGGACGCAGAUAGAAACAAUAUGCGGGAGAGCUGCUAUGUGCGGGGGUGGGACAGGCAAGGGCUGGCUGGAGUGGAGAAACUUGUCCAUUUGCCAGAAAGCUCUAGCCACUGUAGUAAGGUCAGAAGGCUUCACCCACAGCAACGAAGGGACCUCUCUGCGUGGGCAUUGCUGCCUUUGCAAUAUGGACUCGCAACACUGCAAAACUAAUGGUGACUCUUUCCAGGAAUCUAUGUAUAUUGAAGAGUCCUCAAAUAAAAAUGGUGUGAUUUCUUUGAUUUUCUCUCUAAAAGAAGAAGUUGGAGCAUUGGCCAAAGUUCUGCGCACAUUUGAGGAAAAAGGUAUAAACCUGACCCACAUUGAGUCCCGACCUUCCCGUCUCAACAAAGAUGAGUACGAGUUCUUUAUUAACUUGGAAGGGAAGAAUGUCCCAGCACUAGACAAGAUCAUCAAGUCCUUGAGAAAUGAUAUUGGAGCAACAGUCCAUGAGCUUUCACGAACAAAGAAGAAGGACACUGUGCCGUGGUUCCCAAGAAGUAUUCAGGAGCUGGACAGAUUUGCCAAUCAGAUCCUAAGCUAUGGUUCAGAAUUGGAUGCUGAUCAUCCU